AUGGAUGAUAAUACCAUUAAACUUUUGCCGAGGAAAGAAUAUGCCUCUGCGUAUUCCAAAUACAUGAAUGAAGAUGCAGGAGCAAAUUUAUCUUCCUCCGCUAUUGCCGGUAUUGUUGUCGGAGUUAUACUUGGUAUUCUAUUGUUAAUUCUACUUGGCUUAUUAAUUUACUAUUGUCGUCUACGACAAUCACGUUAUGAAUGCGCUUAUGAUACUGAUGAAGCAUUAGGAAAUAAUUUUCAAUCAGCUGAACAUGCAUUACAACAAAAAUAUCAUAAUCAUCCUGAUGUUAAAGCAGAAUUGUAUAUAUAA